UUCGCGCUCUUCUUCCAUUGUUUGAAUUCUCAGCUGCAGAAAAUUUACCAGAUUCUCUGAAAUAUUUAUGUCCUUUAGUCUCUCAAAUCGAUCAUCUUCCUCUCUCAAAGAACCCCUUUUAUUCUCUUUGGAAAUCUCCUCUUCUUCUGCUAGAACAGGGCUCCCCUGUUUUGCAUCCCUUCCUGCCUUUUCUACUCCAAGAAAAUCUCUGUUUUAUAUUCUGAGAUCGGAUUCUGCAAUGUCAAGCCAAUAUAAGAAGACCCAAGGAUCGAUUCAUGACUUCACCGUCAAGGAUGCAAGAGGAAACGAUGUGGAUCUUAGCACUUACAAGGGAAAGGUCCUCUUGAUUGUGAAUGUUGCAUCUCAAUGUGGGUUGACCAACUCAAAUUACACGGAACUUAAUCAAUCAUAUGAGAAGUACAAAAAUCAAGAUUUUGAAAUAUUGGCAUUCCCAUGCAAUCAGCUUGGUUCGGAGGAGCCAGGAGACAACGAGCAGAUCUUGGAUUUUGUUUGCACCCGCUUCAAAUCCGAAUUCCCCAUAUUUGACAAGGUUGAUGUAAAUGGGGACAAUGCAGCUCCCGUGUACAAGUUCUUAAAGUCAAGCAAAGGCGGCCUUUUCGGGGACAGCAUCAAGUGGAACUUCACCAAGUUUCUUGUGGACAAGGAUGGACAUGUGGUCGACCGCUAUGCUCCCACAACUUCCCCUCUCAGCAUUGAGAAGGACAUAAAGAAACAAUUGGGGGUUUCUUAGAAGAGUCUUU